AUGGAGACGUGGUACGGGGUAGCAGAGGAGGAAGGAUGGGAGACGCCGAAGCGGGUGGAGUGCAGGAUACCGGUUGUCUUCGCCUGCCCCCCGCCGCCGAGGAAGAAGCCGGUUGUCUUCACCAAGAGGAGGGAACCGCCGAAGAACGGUUACUUCCAGCCGCCGGACUUGGAAGCGCUCUUCAAGCUGGUGCCGAGGCGGGAGGCCUCCUGCGCCUCUUGA